ACCAUUGUGAAUAGUACUUUACAAUGUCUCCAAAGAAUCUUUGCUAUAUUAUGUCAAUUUAUUAAAAUCUAUUUUAUAAGUGAUAGCUUAAUAUACUAUUAAAUAUGCAUUCACACGUACUCCCAAAUAAGAGUGAAGAUGAGAUGACUGUUGAAGAAAAAUGGAGAGUGCAACACAUAAAAAUGCACGAACAACAUCAGGGACAUGAAUCUAUGCAUGCAGAAAUGCUUCUUAUUUUACUAGGAACAUUAUUAGUAGCACAAAUUGUAUUAGUUGAAUGGAAGAAAAUACAUUAUAAAUCAUAUCAGCUUGUUACCUUAAUUGCUAUGUGGAUUAUUCCAUUUGGAUUAAGUUUAAAAAAUCAUUGGUGGAGGUUUAUAUUUUUUUGGUUAGUAACAUCUUGUAUAACAGGAUUAAUAGUUAGAAAAGCUGUCCAAAAACCUAUAGCAGGUACAACACCAAGAUUGGUGUAUAAAUGGUUUCUUUUUAUAUAUAAAUUAAGUUAUGUAUUGGGUAUAAUAAGUUACAUUAUAAUGUUAGCCACAUUUUUUGGUUUACAUUUAGUAUUUGAAGUUAAACCACAAAUAUGGAUGGAUUGUGGUUUACUUUUAUUAUUUUAUGGUUUAUACUUUGGAGUAUUAGGAAGAGAUGUUGCAGAAAUAUGUGCAGAUAAAAUGGCUUCACAUAUUGGGUACUAUGUACCAGGUCAUAUGCCAACAAGGACUUUAGAGCCUGGAGUGUGUGCAGUAUGUGGUAAUAGACUCUUGGUAUCAGAAAAUGAACCUGGUGUUAUUGAAAACACAUACAAACUUAGUUGUGAACAUGUAUUUCAUGAAUUUUGUAUCAGAGGAUGGUGCAUCGUAGGAAAAAAACAAACGUGUCCAUAUUGCAAAGAAAAAGUCGAUUUGAAGAAAAUGUUUUACAAUCCAUGGGAACGACCUCAUGUUUUAUAUGGUCAACUACUAGACUGGAUCAGAUGGUUAGUUGCUUGGCAACCAUUAAUUUUGUUUCUCGUUCAAGGUAUCAAUUGGGGCCUAGGCCUCGAGUAAGUAAUAUUGCAAUAGGUUAAUUAAAUUGCACUUAAGGCACCAUUGUGUUUCUGUAAAAUUAAUGAUUUAUUCAUGUAAACAAAUAUCUGUUUGUAUUUUUCUACACAUAGACGUUAUUAUAUUUGUUAUUUGUAACAACGAAUUCUAUUAGAAGUAUAUGAUUCCAAUUCAACUCGUGAUUAAAAUUUUAAUCCUAUUUCGAUAUUAAUAUUGCAUUCAGAUUGCAGCAAAUAACUUGUUUUGUAUGAUUAGAAUGUUUGCCAUCAUAAAUGAUGUAAAGAUAUAAUAAGAUAUAAAAUGCCAUUUUUUCUGUAUUGAGAGAUACAUAAUUUACAUAAUUUAUGUAACACUUAAUAAUUCUUCCACACAAUUUCUUUUUACUAUAUAUAUAACAGUUUAAUAGUCUCUACUUUAAUUAACUUUAUAUCUGAAUGACUCAUUUUUUACGACUGUAUGACAUUUACUAAAUAAUGUAUUUUAAUUUAAAUAUUCAUUUUAGAAUGCAUAUAAAUUGUGAUUAUCCGAAUUAAUUAAAAUUUAAUAUAGAGCAAACAUAAUAAAUAAUUUCUCGAUAAUUUUAUAUAAUAAAAAAAAUUCUAAUUUGAAUAUAUAUAUAUAUAUAUUAUAUAAAUUAAAAAAUUAGAUAUGAUAUGUAAAUUGUCUUGAAAAUUCAAUUCGGAUAAUCCGUACUAAAAUAUUUGAUUGUAUUAUGAUGUGUAGGAAUUUUUGAACUGAUAUGAGAAUGAUAGGAGCUUAUUAUACUAUUUCUUUUGUCAUUCCACUUCCUCACUUCAACUAGUCAAUUUAAGUUUUCACUUUACGUAAUUUAAUUGCGUUCUAUAUAAUAUAUUUAUUGUCAAUGAGUUUUUCUGAAAGUGUACUAGUGUAUUCUGUAUAUCGUUCAUGAAAUUUUUAUCAAUUAUGAAAUAAUACUAUUUCGUAAAUUUUAAAUUUACAUAUAUUAAAAUAUAUUAAAAUAUUUCGUAAGCAAUUUAUUGCUUUAAUAGAAAUAAUUAAAUAAGCUUAUCAAAAAAAAAAAAAACUUUCAUUUUAUUUAAUGAGUAAAAAAUUCAGAGGAAAAAAUUAGAUUAGAAAAUAUUAAAUAUAAUAUUUCAGAAAGAGAGAAAAAAAAUCAUAUUUAUUGAAAUUAUAUUAUUUGUGAUAUUUAUAUAAGUAUUACUUACAUAUGUUGUAUUUUUUUUAUUCUUUAAAAUCUUUAUAAAUUCUUUAUUUUUAUUGGCAAAAUAAUUUCGCUUUUAAAAUAGCGUGGAAAGAAAAGAAAUAGUGAAAUAGAUUGAAAAAAAUAUUAUAUUGGAAUACUUUAUUUCUUAAUUUUAAUAAAAUCUUAUUACAUCGUGUAAUUAUGUAUUAAAAUAUCAAAAUUUCUAUGAUAAUAAAUUUUUGAAACAGAUUUUAUGAGAUUAUCAAAUUAUAUCUUACAAAGCAUAUUGCUCAACAAAAAAAAAAGAACUUUUAUUUUAUGAAAAGUUGGUGCGUUUUAUUGCUAUUAGAAUAAUAUAGAAAUUUAUAAAAAAAAAAAAAAAAUGUACAAAAUAUUGUACCAUUGUAAAAUAAAAAUGUACACAUUGUACGUAUAUUGUACAAAAUAAAAUAUAAAAAUUCGAUCGUAUGACGAUCAAAUUUUCAUAACUUAAAAACAUAAAGAACUAUAUGAAUCUUUUUUUUUAAUUCAUCAUCUUUGUAAAAUAAGCAAGCAAUUGCACGACCAUUGUAAAUAUUUCAGAAAAUAUAUAAAUUGUAAGAUCCGAAAUAUAAAAAAAAAAAAACAUUGUUCCGUAAUAAAUAAUGUACAAAAAUAUAUCAAAUUCAUGUAAAAUUUAUUUCUCAUCAAUAAAGAUUAUAAAACAGUCGAUCGGUAGGAACUAUUAA